GUAGAUGUCACUACUCAAUCUCACUUUCUGUGACAGCUGUCAACCACCAGCGUAAUACGGCGGAGGACAGUGCGUUGUGCAAGCGAUUGGUUGUUUAUUUCGAAAGCGGCUCGCAUUCUUGGUUCAUCCUUCAAACUACUCGAGGAGUAUUGUAAAUCGUUUCAUCGUCCAUGCCUGGAUAAUAAAUGCCGAUUAAAUUUAAAUGGCAUCCGCAAUGGAAGAGCCCAUAAGCAACAAUUGCGAGAGUGAUGACGGAGUAGAUCUGGAGGCCAGUUACGAAGAUUACAUGUCCAAAAUCGACAUCGUCAAGUGUCCCGGCUGCCUGUACGAAUCUUCCACAGAGAACGUCAGAAUUCACAUAAAAAGGCUCCACUUUCAGCAAAAGUUCUGUACUAUUUGCGACAAAGAAUUCGGUGAUCGUCGCGGCGUUCACUGUUCAAAGCAUCUUCUAAUCGCAAUCAUCUCCCAACUGAAGGAACAAUGCUCCAAAUGUUCAAAGCUCUUCAUGCUCGAUACGAAACGAUCAGAGGAAGAGAGUUUCACGUGCAAAUCAUGCCAGGACUUCUCGGAUACGAAGGAGCCCGUGGAUAACAGUCCCAAGUAUCCGCAUCGAUGCGACACUUGCCAUAAGCGUUUUGCUCAUAGGAAAACGCUCAACGAGCACAUGCGGACCGUGCACGCGGGUAACGAUUUGUAUCGCUGUGAUUUCUGUCCGAGAGUUUUCUACUACCGGAAGAACUUGAACGCCCAUCGGCGCGUUCAUACAAAUCCUAUUGUUUGCGAGAUUUGCUUCUCAGAGUUUCAUAAUCAACAUAAUCUGAACCGGCAUAUGGCGUCGCAUGUUGAGGCGCCUCAAUACAAUUGCAGUAGUUGCGGCAGAAUUUUCUACACGCUGGCGUCGCUGGAGUCGCACAGACCGUGCCGGAACCAUGCGGUGGACACAAGCGACCAUUUGUAGAAUUUUAGUGCGAGGGAGUUCUAUGGAAGUGAUGGGUCGAAAGGACUUUCUUGCAUGAAGCUUGGAUACGAACAGUGAAGUAAAUGAAGCGAAGAAGAGAGUCCUUUUUGCAAAAUAAAACACUCGUAACCGUGCUAUCCAUCAUUAUGGCCGCCGACUACAUAUCGGAUAAGUUCAGGUGUUUCUAGCUCUCAUUGAAUGUAAAUUUAAAGCCCGUACUUAAGAGUUCGUGUCCCAUACUCAACUUGGAAGUGGACAUGGGGCGCAUAUAAGAAUAUUGUCCAGAUUGACCCGUUACUUUCGAAUCGCACGUCGAAUUAUCCCAAGGAAAUGCCAUAUCGACGAGCCAAGGACCCUUCCAUAAAAACUCCACGGACACAAGCUGUUAGAAUUGAUUUUCAAACCAGAUGAUAUUUUUGUUUAGAGGAUGUCAAUGUCGCGUUAGCAACACGAUUUUUCCCCACUUAGUUUUAUUUUAUUUGCGGGAAUAGUGACAUUGGAAUUCUGUAAAGAACUGAACAGUAUUUAUCUUAAGCUGAAUGCGAUUUUGGGAGAGAUUGGAACGAUUUAGUAAGGAUGAUAGCAGGGAGAAAGUAAUACUCAACUGAAUGAGUGAGUAGUUAAAAAUAUAUUUUAUACAACAUACCCUAUUUAGGUUUAACGUGUCACUUGACUUUGUAUUGUAUUUAGUGAAAAUAAACUUCAUAAGCAGCCUA